UCCUUUAUAACGGACAACAGAGCGACCAUUUGCUGCGUUGUUAAUCUAAAAGCCGUCGAAAGAAGCAGUGAAUUCAGCGAUAAAAGCCUUAAGGCACAUGCCACCCCGACUGUUUAUCCAACACAGUCGUGAUUUGUUUAGCAUUUGCUUGCAAGGAACCAUUUUAAUACAGCAUUUUGAAUAAACUAGGAGCGACCAAUCCAAAACUGGCAGCGCAACACGAGCCGAUUUCUGAUUGGCCGACUGGCUUAUUACAUUUUUUCUAGGUCUGUAUGGUGGUGGAGAUUCAUUGCAGUUACUCGAAUCUUUUGAAUCAAAUGAUUCAUUCGCAAAUAAUUGCUUAAAGGGGUAUUCCGUUCUUGAAUUAAACACUACCACUGCUCAUGCCCAAAAUAAGCUCCCAGGCUUUACGUCACAAACCAGACCCACAACGCGUAAUAACACGUGUAGACAAGCCAGGAUGUUGUUUCUGUUCUCUUCCAAAACACAUGGUUGCUAUAGCGGGUUGAAUUAGACAAGACAUAACAUCGGCUUCAGUUCCUUCAGCAGAAUAGUGUUAUCCUACUUCCGACUCGUAUAAUACCGCUACUGCGCUUUGAUUCGCGGAGAUGGGUAAUGUAUUUACAGUUCGAGCUUGAGAUGUGUUUACCCUGCAGGUGCGAGGAUGAAGCGAACAUGAUCAGUGCCGAUGGCCCCUCCAAGUGUGACGAGACCCGGGACAGAAAGAGGCAAUCGCCAGAAAUGCUGCACCUUAUGUUCGCCGUGUCCGUAUGGUUGGUGACGGGCACCACCAUAUCCAGCCUCAACAAAUGGAUAUUCGCUGUGUACAAUUUCAGAUACCCCCUGCUUUUGUCAGCCCUCCACAUGCUGACGGCGAUCGUGGUGGACUACGGACUAAUCAAGUGCAGGGUGAUCUGGUAUAAAGGCGUCGAAGAGCAGGGUUUAACCAGCAGCGCCAAAUGUAAAGUAUUCCUGCUGAGCUUAACGUUCUGUGCCAGUAUCGCGUUUGGCAAUGUGGGGCUCAAUUAUGUGCAGCUUUCGUUCGCGCAGAUGAUCUACACCACAACGCCACUGUUCACGCUGGCCAUUUCCACGCUGAUUCUCGGGAAGCAGCACCACAUCUUAAAGUACACCGCGAUGAUGCCCAUCUGCCUCGGGGCGUCGUUCAGCAUAAUGGGCGAGGUCCAGUUCGACCAGACCGGCUGCCUGUUUGUGUUUGUCGCCACUAUGUUAAGAGGCGUAAAAAGCAUUCAGCAAAGCAUCUUGCUCCAGGAGGAGAAAAUCAACUCUGUCUUCCUACUGUAUCUGAUGUCCAUCCCCAGUUUCUGCAUCUUGGCCAUAGCUGCCCUGGUUCUGGAGAACUGGGCUGCACUGCAAUCCCCUUUCCAAUAUGACCACCACCUCUGGGGUUUCAUCUUGCUCAGCUGUCUGGGCUCAGUGCUUUACAACCUGGCCAGCUGCUGUGUUAUCACUCUGACCUCUGCUGUCACACUGCACAUCCUGGGCAACCUGAAUGUGGUGGGGAACCUGCUACUCUCGCAGCUGCUGUUUGGGCAUGAGCUGACAGCUCUUAGCUGUGCUGGAGCUGCACUCACCCUCUCAGGCAUGAUCAUCUACCAGAACUCAGAGAUCAUUGUAGCUUACAUCGAUGCAUGGAGAGCCAAGACACCAACCAGUGGCAGUGGAGAGGAUGUGGUUUGUUUUCAGGAGAAUGAUUUAAGCAUAUCAAAGACUCCAGAACUUUGUUCAGAAGAAAAAUCAUCUGUAGUAGCAGGUGAAGAAUUUAACGAGAGGACAGAUAUUCAGGUUCAUGAGAAAAUAGACUGAAGAGACUUAAAGGCUGUGUUCCAAAGCCUAGUGAGCUGCAGUGCUGCUAUUUUAUUUAUAGCCUUACUUUUUUCUUGCAUGGAGUAAAAGGAAAGAAUCAUGGCU